AUGUGUUUCUGGUUUCUGAUGUUUCACGUCUGUUUCAGCACUAGUCCUGAGCCUAAAAGGGAAAGUCGUCUAACAAGUAUCAUUGAUCAGUUGCUAAGCAACAAGACAAAGGACAUGCAUCAAGCCGAGGGAGACAAAGAAAACUUUUGUGAAAGCCAGGAUCGUAAGAGCACCGCCAGCCCGGCUUCACUAGAUAACGGUUCGAAAACUCCAACCAAUCAGAAUGCGAAAAGAGGCGUUCCAGUUGAUGCUGACAGAUUGGUAGUAAACUGUGGGAAGAACAGUUUUGACGCUGUCGUGCAAUGUGAAGACACUGACCAGCGAUCUUCGGACAACGGCGUGUCUAAUAGCCCCACGAGACAGUCCCCGUGGACCCUAGGUGAUUCCUCUGGUGGUGAGACGCAAGAUAAAGAUCACCAAGGAUCUUCACCUGAAGCACAGCACGAGAACAGUUCUCUAACGAAGAAUACCGACUUAAACUGCCUGCCAGGCACUGACUACAAGGCUUCCCCUGGCGGAGGUCAGCGUCAACUUGGCAUUUCGCCAUUCCACUCCUCUCCCAUUUCGCGAAACAACGACAUGCUUCCAGUGUCCCUGGGCUCAAUUAAUUUACCCGUCAAGACUGAGCGCCUGUCCCCAGAGUUCGAGUAUUCUUCGCCUUCUUUGUCGCCACACUCGCCGAAUCCUGCCCGUGCUUUCCCCGCAUCUAUAAGUCUUGGCUUUGGGCUCCGUUCGGCGUUCCCUCCCUCUUCUCCCGGUCUCGAGCGGUAUUCGUCUGCCGGGCUGGCUUGCGGAGUUUCGGCGUUGAAACAGAUGGAGAUGAUGACGAGGAACUACAGCGAUUUCAUGCGUGGCCUUGCCGCUAAGUACAACAACCAACAUAAUCAAGAAAGGUAGGUUAUUGUUUCAGUUAAACUGUCCACCUCUAAGACAUGUUCACUUG